AUGGAAUCGAAAGAACAAGCAGAUGAGCACAAAGACAGUGGAAUAUGGUCAACAUUCACUUUAAAACAGGAUGAACACGUCGCCAAACAGAUCGGCGCUAAAGAGAUCUCAAGAUCAACACAGAAAGAGCUAACCGCUUCAAUAGGAUCAGAGGUUAGUCCAUUUCCUAUGAUUCUGUCUGAACAGACUUCGCUUGAUUCAAAAGAAGCUAGUAUUUUGCCAAGCCAUAAAGCAGUAAUUGAAUACAAUUCUGGUAAAACCAGACCCAGGACCCUCACGUCCAAGGGCAGGGAAUAUCAAUGUGAGCUAAAGAUAAAGGCCGCGUUAGCCAAUGAUCGUAACCUGCUAGUAAAGCUAAGAAGUCUUGAAUAUUUUAUUCGUAUUUAUGGCUGAGGAGGUAGAUGAAGUCCAACAAUCUUUUGAUGACUGGAUUGAGUUGUCACUUGAUACUAGUAAAUCCCAGCGUGCCACAAACAAACAGUCACAUAUACAUGACACUUGGAAAAUAAUUCACGCUACCGCUGUACAAGAAAUUAAACGCCUUGAAGAUGAUGCCCAGUCCGUUCACUCGCGGAGGUCACAGCAAUGGAGAUUCUCUAGAUCUACAAAAUCGGACUCUACCAGAAGCUCAUAGAGACACUUCUUGCCUGUUGUGCUGAAAAGGCUGCUCUUCAAGAGAAACUUAAGUUGUCAUCAGUCAUUGCAGAACAAGAGAGCAAGCUUGAGCAGUUGAAGAUCCAGAAGUAACUUGAAGAAAUCGCAGCCCAAGAAGCCAUCUACAAAAGAGCAGUGGAAGAAGAGAAUGAUCUGGAUGGUGAACAACUACCUCUACUACCCACCAUUGUACACGAUCCGAUCGAUGCCUUUCUUAAAAACAAUCACGAAACUGAAUUGACCUUCACAUCAAGCUGCCAUUGUACCACCUUCUACACAAGAGAUAUGUGCAAAAAGCAAUUUAUUGAUCACAUUGUUGUCAUCUGCUCCUUCUGUUGAGCCAAUUUCACAGUUAGGACCUCUGAUCUCACUUACCACACCACCAGUAUCGUCAGUUCAAGAAACCUAGAGACCAUUGAACCCAUUCUCACCAGUGUACACUACAGCCAAGUUUAGUUCUGGGAUUCCCAGUCUCCCAGCAAUCUCUAUAACAAAGUCAGAGUACCGACCCACUACGCCAACAGGCUUCUGUGGAAAUCCUUCAGCAUUCUUUCCAUCACCUGUAGCCACCUGUUCUCCAGUACCACAGAACUACACAGCCCAGAUAACAGACGCACUUGCAAAGAUCACCCAAUUACAGCGACUGCCACAAGCGUCACCCAGCGUUUUUAAAGGCAGUGACUCAGACAAAACCAAGUUCUUCUUGUGGGAAAAUGCCUUCGACAGUCUUAUAGAUUCUGCACUAGUGACAGCCAGGUAGAAAUUACAUCUCUUGUACCAGUAACUAGAUGGUAAAGCCAAAACCAUUGUGGAACAAUUGCAACAUUUCGUGGAAGAUCCGAAGGAGUCUUAUUGGGAAGCAUGCAAAAUCCUCAAGUAACACUUUGGCAACCAAGCCAUAAUCAGUACUGAUUUUGAGAGGAAGUUGGCAACUUGGCCAAAAAUUGGACCGAACGAUGCGGUCAGUUUGAAGGAUUUCAGCAACUUCCUGCAACAAGUGAAAUUUGCAAGCAAACACAUUGAAAAUCUUAAAGCUCUCAAUUAUCCUUCCCAAAUUCAAGCUCUCUGGAUGGUUGUAAGCAAAGUGGUCAGACAAAGUGUUAAAGUUUCAAAGAAAAAAGGGAAAAAUGCCUUCCCAUCCUUUGACAAGCUCGCCGAAGAGGUACGCUACCAUGCAGAAAGGACAAACAUCCCUCAAAUCCAGCAGGUUCUAGGAACAACUGGUUCCACUACUCCCGGUAGAAACAAGCCUUUGAGUUGCCAAUCUGAUCAUACU